AUGUCGCCGAAUUUGCAGCGACCGACUCGUCACAUCAAAAAAGUCCAACAACAACGAAGUGAAAGUUAUAUGCAGCUCAAUCAAUAUCGAUUAAUGGAGGAAAUCGGACAGGGUUCUUACGGUAUCGUGAAAUUGGCGUAUAACGAAGAAGAUAAGAACCUUUACGCGCUGAAAGUGCUGGAUAAAAUCAAAUUACUGAAGAAUUUCGCGUGUUUCCGAGCGCCGCCAGCACGGAAAUCGAAAGCGCCACCAACAACCCAUAGAAAUCCCCUACAACUCGUUCAAAAAGAGAUUGCAAUAUUGAAAAAGCUCAGUCAUCCGAACGUUGUCAAACUGGUUGAGGUAUUGGACGACCCCAAUGACAACUAUCUGUACAUGGUGUUUGAAUUUGUCGAACGUGGCAGCAUCUUGGACGUUCCCACGGACAAACCGUUGGACGAGGACAGCGCAUGGAAAUACUUCAGGGACACAUUACGGGGAUUAGAAUAUCGUGAGUGA